UCGUUUGAAUCCCUCCCUUCUCCCCCCUUCUCUCUUCUAUAGACCGUUUAAAUUCCUCUCUCUACUCUCUCGCUCUAGGUGAAAAGCAGCCCCAAAGCAAACUCCAUCGGAAAGGGGAAAGUAGAGCACAUUCAUAAAUAUUCAUUUCUUCAAACCAAGUGCCAUUUCCACCAGAUUUGGAUUUCCUACUACUCCACUCGGAUCUGCGCAAAUGCGCAUCGCCGUUGCAACUCCUGCGUCCAUUGAACAAGUUCAGUCCGGGAGGCAUAUGACGUCGUGGAGAAUAAACUGCAGAGAAAACGAUCAUAGAGUAGGGAUUGGGGUAUGCAGCUUUAUUCUUCUAACAAAGAACGAUGGGCAGUGAGAAGUCAGUUUCUGCUCCCUCGGAUGGGGUGAAUGAUAGCGUUCAGAAAAUCCGGCCACUCCAUGGGAGAACGAGUGGCCCUACUCGGCGUUCAACAAAAGGGCAAUGGACAGCUGAAGAGGAUGAGAUUUUAUGCCAGGCUGUUCAACGAUUCAAGGGAAAGAACUGGAAAAAAAUUGCUGAAUGUUUCAAGGACCGAACUGAUGUACAAUGCCUGCACAGGUGGCAGAAAGUCUUAAAUCCGGAACUUGUGAAAGGACCUUGGUCAAAGGAGGAAGAUGAAACCAUUGUUGAACUGGUGAAUAAAUAUGGACCAAAAAAGUGGUCUACAAUUGCCCAACAUUUACCAGGGCGCAUUGGCAAGCAAUGUAGAGAAAGGUGGCAUAAUCAUCUUAAUCCAUCAAUUAACAGACAGGCUUGGACUCAGGAUGAGGAGUUGGCAUUGGUCCGUGCUCAUCAAGUUUAUGGAAACAGAUGGGCAGAGCUCUCAAAAUUCUUGCCUGGAAGGACAGAUAAUGCUAUAAAGAACCAUUGGAAUAGUUCUGUGAAGAAGAAGUUGGAUUCUUACUUGGCAUCGGGUCUACUAGAACAGUUUCAAGGCCUUCCCCUAGUCAUGCAUCAAAAUCAAGCCACACCUUCAUCUUCUUUAAGGUUGCAAAAUAGUGGAGAUGAUAACGACAGCAGUCGAAAGUGUGGCACAGAGGCAGAGGAAAUAUCUGAGUGCAGUCAAGAGUCAACAAUCAUGGUGUGUUCUCAGUCAGCUAGUGAUUUGGGCAAUAAUUCCGUUAUCGGUACCAGAGAAGAAUUCCAGUUAACACAAGAUUCGGGCAUGGUUAAUGAAACACACCCCUAUACUGCUGCCCAUUGUCCCCAGGAGUAUUACACAUCUCUUGGAAAUGUCCAGUUUUCCAUCCCAGAUGUACCCUGUGAAGCAGAUGGAUCAUCCUCCGGCUUUCUCCAGCAGAAUUAUGCUCAUUUGGCUGCAGUUAAUAAUCCAGCAAGUAGUGAAUACCAAUUUAACUUAGAGGACCUUUCCAACAUGCCUCAUUCACUGGAAUUCGGACAAGGUGGCUUUUCGGGUGUGCCAACUCAUUGUAGUAUUGGUGCUCAUGAAACCCAGGAAAUGGGCUUCACUGCUCCUAUUCCUUUGGAAGAUAUGGCAACAUGUUCAUCCACACCCGAACAGCAAAUUCUUAUACCCGAUGAUGAAUGUUGCAAGAUCUUGUUCUCAGAGGUAACAACCAGUGGAAACGUUGCCCCUCAAAAUCAUCAUAUAGAAGACUCGUCAAAUAUGGUUGACUUAGGUGGAUCGUCAAUCAACCAAAGACCUGAUAAUGUGCUUAUUCCAACUCAUGAUGAAGAUCUAAUAGCAAGUGUUAUGAACUUCUGUGAUGGUGGUGGUGGUGGUAAUAUGAUGCAAGCAGAACCAUAUCUGGAAGAAGCUUCAAAUUUGGCGAUGACGAAUGACGGUAGACUAGAUCAACAUCAAGGUGGGGAUACAGGAUCUUUAUGCUAUGAGCCUCCACGGUUCCCAAGCUUGGAUCUUCCAUUCCUAAGUUGUGAUCUAGUGCAACCUGAUAGUGAUCUUCAGCAAGAGUACAGUCCACUCGGUAUCCGCCAAUUCAUGUUGUCUUCAGCAAGCUGCAUCAGUCCAUUUAGGCUGUGGGAUUCUCCAACUAGGAAUACGAGUACCACCAGUCCCGAUGCAGUCCUCAAGAGUGCUGCUAAGACUUUCAUGGGCACACCUUCCAUUUUGAAGAAGAGGACACGGGAUUUAUUGUCGCCUUUGUCGGAGAAAAGAGACGAGAAAAAGCUUGAGAUUGACAUGACAUCCAGUUUGGCUAGAGAGUUUCAACGCCUGGAUGUAGUAGUGUAUGAGGAGAUGAAGUCUGGCAACAGACCGUAUUUAAUGUCUCCACUAUCCAAAGUUAACCAAAUGUCUUGUAGUGAAGAUAAGGAAAAUGUGGACCCUGUUCUUCAAUCGGAUGAAGGAGAAGGGAAGGGAAGAGACUCUUCUACUACCUCAGAGGAUGCUGUUAAAGUGAAGAAAGAAAUCGAUGGUGGUUAUACGAAGACGCGACAGCACUCCGAAAUACUUGUUGGUGAAGAAAGCUUGAGUGAUCUGUUACUAUUUUCACCUGAUGCUCGAACUCCAAGAAACUUCCAUCGAAAAAUCUUGGCUACUUUAUCAGAGAAGGUUGUGACAGCUGGGUCGUCAUCACCUACUGUGAACAAGAAGAAUGAAGGUCAAUCGACGGUUGCUGUUUCUGCAACGAAACCCCUGGCGUCAUUAUUAGCACCUGCUCAGAAAACAGUUGCUACUGCUACUAACACCACUGGGAAUGACCUCUUCGGUGGAACUCCUUUCAAGAGGAGCAUUGAGUCUCCCUCGGCAUGGAAAUCUCCAUGGUUCUUUAACUCUUUCCUCCCUGGUCCAAGGGUCGACACCGAAAUUUCAGUUGAGGAUAUGGAAUAUUAUCUGAGCCCGGGGGACAGAAGCUACGACGCAAUCACGCUUUUGAAACAGUUAAGCGAGCACACUGCUGCUGCUUGUGCUGAUGCGUUGGAAGUUCUUGGGGAUGAAACCCCUGAGACCAUAUCGAAAGGAAGGCAACGCCAGACAAACCUGGUCACCGGUCAAGAAAACAAGGAUGGAGAGUGUGACAUUAAUGGUUCCCAUUUGGCCAAUAUCUCUCAGAAGGAAGGCCGAGUGUUGGACUUCAGUGAAUGUGGGACGCCUGAGAAAGGAAGGGAGAAUGGGAAAUGUUCUUCUUCUACUACAGUUGCAGUAAGCAGCUUGUCCAGUCCUUCCGCUUCUUCCCACCUGUUGAAGGGUUUCAGAUAGUAAAGGAAGAAAGCCAAGGGAAGGACAGAAACAGUUUUAGGCUGUGGGAACUUCUAUUGUUUAUAGUAACACCAAAUAUAGAUGAUGUAUGUAAGCAUUUUGUCUGGAAUCCGAUACUUGUUAAGAACCUUCAAUCUAUUCUGAAUUCAUUCAAACUUGUUCAUAUCAGUCUCUCCUAUCUGAUUCAAAAGAGAGAGAAGAAGAAGAAAAAAAAGAGAACCGAGCAUUAUUUCUUUUCGUCGUAUCUUGUCAAUUUACCUCUAUCUGUUUGGAAUCAAUGUCGAGAAGGGCAGAACGCGGCUAUCAAGGGUUUGCAUGGAAGCUUUUCUAGUUAAGGAUACGCUGUAGUGGGUGA